CAUAUUUUUUUGACAGCUUGUCUUCAUCAUCUAAGUUAAGAUGUCUUUAGCACCAGUACAGAUCUUCCAGGAUCAGGCCAGCGAGGAGAAGGCUGAGAACGCUCGUUUGUCAUCUUUCAUUGGUGCGAUCGCUGUCGGUGAUCUUGUAAAGAGCACAUUGGGUCCCAAGGGCAUGGACAAAAUCUUGCAAUCUGCUACUACAGGUGAAAUCUUGGUGACAAACGAUGGUGCCACCAUCUUAAAGUCCAUUGCUCUGGACAAUGCUGCUGCAAAGGUUCUUGUGAACAUCUCCAAGGUUCAAGAUGAUGAAGUUGGUGAUGGUACCACUUCCGUUUGUGUUUUGGCUGCCGAGUUGUUGCGUGAGGCUGAACGUCUGGUCAACCAGCGUAUUCACCCCCAGACCAUCAUUGAAGGUUACCGUCUUGCAUCUGCUGCUGCUUACAAUGUUCUUGAGAAGAGUGCAAUUGAUCACAGCAAGGACAAGGCUGCCUUCCGCGAGGAUUUGAUUAACAUUGCUAAGACCACUUUGAGUUCAAAGGUUUUGUCUCAAGACAAAGAAUACUUCUCUAAAUUGGCUGUCGAUGCCGUCCUUCGUCUCAAGGGAUCCACCAACCUCGAACAUAUUCAAAUCAUUAAGAAGCCCGGAGGAAAGCUUAUGGAUUCUUACCUUGAUGAAGGCUUCAUUCUUGACAAGAAGAUUGGUGUCAACUGCCCCAAGCGUAUUGAAAACGCCACUAUCUUGAUUGCCAACACCCCUAUGGAUACCGAUAAAAUCAAGGUUUUUGGUGCCCGUGUUCGUGUUGAUGCUACUGGCAAGCUUGCUGAGUUGGAACGUGCCGAACGUAACAAGAUGAAGGUCAAGGUUGACAAGAUCAAGGCUCACGGUGUCAACUGCUUCGUGAACCGUCAGUUGAUCUACAACUGGCCUGAGCAGCUUCUUGCUGAUGCUGGUGUUGCUACUAUUGAACAUGCAGACUUUGAGGGUGUUGAGCGUUUGGCUCUCGUAACCGGUGGUGAGAUUGCUUCAACUUUCGACCACCCUGAACUUGUCCAGCUUGGUCACUGUGACUUGAUUGAGGAGAUUAUCAUCGGUGAAGAUAAGCUCAUCAAAUUCUCUGGUGUUGCUGCUGGUGAGGCAUGCACUAUCGUGCUUCGUGGUGCUACUCAACAGCUGUUGGAUGAGGCCGAGCGUUCUCUUCAUGACGCUCUUUCUGUCCUUUCUCAAACUGUCAAAGAGCCCCGCACUGUGUUGGGUGGUGGUUGUUCCGAGAUGUUGAUGUCCAAGGCUGUUGAUGAGGUCGCUGCCAAGACUGCUGGUAAGAAGGCUAUUGCUGCUGAAUCCUUUGCCAAGGCACUCCGCCAGAUGCCCACUAUCCUGGCCGACAAUGCUGGUUUCGAUUCUUCCGAACUCGUCGCCCAGCUCAGAGCUGCUCACUACGAAGGAAAGUCUACAAGUGGUCUGGAUAUGGUUAACGGCAAGGUUUCCGAUGUCAGAGUUCUUGGUAUCACCGAAUCUUUCAAACUCAAGAAACAGGUAUUGUUGUCUGCAUCUGAGGCAGCAGAAAUGAUCCUCAGAGUUGAUAAUAUCAUUCGAUGCGCUCCUCGUCAAAGACAAGGAUAAAUAGAUUCUUGUACAAAUUACCCAUUAAAUAAAAUAAACAAAACAAAAACUAUGGUUCUUAUGUGAAAAAAUAAAUAAAUAAAAAAAGUUUGUUUACCCGUCUUCUUUUUU